AUGGGAAAACAAACAACGAAACAACUGAAAGCCUUGCUAAGAAAAGAGUCGCUUGCACGCAUGGAUGCUCUUCCACCGCAAAAGAAGCUAGCUGCGCCUGCAGCUAUUCUCGCUCGUCUACGCCAGCUUGCCGCUCAUAACGGUGGCCCAAGUAUAUGGAAAGAAGCUCAACGUGUCAGCUGCUUCAUCUCCAUGGACCACGAAUUAGACACGAAACCAAUCUUGCAAGCUUUAUUGAGCGAUGGCAAGGACGUCUUUGUCCCCAGAAUUAUCGACAAUCCAGCAUUCAAACUCGGUGGACUCGAUGAGACGGGCAGGUCACGCCGGAAACAAGUGAUGCAGAUGCUUCGGCUGCUAUCGGUUGAGGAAAUUGGUGCGUUUGAACGAUCAAACUAUGGCAUUCCGGAGCCACCACUCGAUCGCGAAGAGAUUUUCGAACAUGCAUCUGCAGAUCUGAUUAUAUGUCCGGGUGUCGUCUUCUCGAAAGAUGGACGGCGUGUUGGCUACGGGGGUGGCUUCUUUGACAUGUACAUUCGUCGAGUACGGGCAUUGAAUCCUCGGGUCACAGUGGUUGGUGUCGGUCACGAGUGCCAGCUGCUUCAGUCAGAUACUGAGGGCCAGCAGAUACCCGUGGAAGAGACAGACCAGAUGCUUGACAGUGUCUUAGCAGCAUAG